UCCGCCCCUGUUGAAACACUGCAGCUGUGUGAAGUCUAAAUGUUUCUAUUUUAUCGAUCACCAUCAUACAUUUCUACACUCACCGCAUUCAACAAGAUGAAAGUGGAACAUCAGUGAGAGUGACCUCCUGAAGAUUAAAGCAGGUGGUCCAAAACACCAUCCUCCCUUUUACACAGGAAUGAAAUGUCUCUGUACAUCAUCUGUCCAGGUGUCAAACUGAUUGCUUGAUGGAUUCUCAUGGUUCCUUUUACAGCAGCUAUUGUAGGUUGUGAAUCAGCAUGGCUAAGCGUGUGGCUGUGAUUGGAGGAGGAACCUCAGGACUGGCCAGCAUCAAAUGCUGCUUGGAUGAAGGCCUGGAACCAGUGUGCUUUGAGAGCAGCAAUGACAUUGGAGGACUCUGGUGUUUUAAGGAAAAUCCAGAUCCAGACCGUGCCAGUAUUUACCACUCUUUAAUCAUCAACACCUCAAAGGAGAUGAUGUGCUACAGUGAUUUCCCCAUCCCAGCCCACUUCCCAAACUACAUGCACAACUCCUUCAUCAUGGACUACUUCCGCAUGUAUGCUGAGCACUUUCAGCUCACGCAGUACAUCCGUUUCCAGACGAGAGUCCUUAAUGUCACGCAAAGGCCAGACUUCGCUCACUCUGGACAGUGGGAUGUGGAAACCGAGUCAAAAGAUGGUAGAAGAGAGAAGCAGGUGUUUGACGCUGUGAUGGUCUGCACAGGUCACCACACUCACCCUCACCUGCCUCUAAAGGACUUUCCAGGAAUAGACACAUUUAAGGGGAAAUUCUUCCACAGCCGUGACUACAAAGCCCCUGAAGAAUGGAGAGGGAAGAGGGUAGUUGUGAUUGGUAUUGGGAACUCUGGAGGAGAUAUUGCUGUGGAGAUGAGCAGAAUGACCAAACAGGUUUAUCUUAGCACUCGAAAGGGAUCCUGGAUACUAAAUCGUGUAGGACAGUACGGUUUUCCUACAGAUAUGUUGUUUAAUAAACGAACAUAUAUGUGGGCUCGUGGAUUGUUGCCUACUGGAUUUAUCAACAGUAUGGGAGAGAAAUUACUCAAUAAAAGGUUUAACCACAAGCUCUAUGGGCUGCAGCCUGACCACAGAAUUUUCAGCCAACAUCCCAUGGUCAAUGAUGAUUUACCAAACCGCAUCCUCUCCGGUACUAUUUUGGUCAAGCCGAACGUGCAGGAGUUCCGUGGCUCAAGUGUUGUGUUUGAGGAUGGCACCUUUGAGGAUGACAUCGAUCUGGUGGUGUUUGCCACAGGCUACACUUUCUCAUUCCCCUUCCUGUCUUCACAUGUAAUACCCGUCUCAAAGAACAAAGUAUCCCUGUACAAGUAUAUAUAUCCUCCACAACUGGAGCGCUCAACUUUAGCUGUGAUUGGUCUGAUCCAGCCUUUGGGAGCCAUUAUGCCUAUCUCUGAGAUGCAAGCUCGCUGGGCUACACGUGUUUUUAAAGGACUGUGCAAGCUGCCUUCAAUGAGUGCAAAGCUGAAGGACAUUAACACAAAGGAGGAGGCAAUGGCUCAAAGGUAUGUUGCCAGUCAGAGGCACACCAUCCAGGUGGACUACAUCCCUUACAUGGAUGAGUUGGCUAAAGAAGUGGGGGUCCGUCCUUCCAUGCUGAAAUUGCUCCUGACAGACCCUAGAGUGGGUUUAAAAGUGAUGUUUGGACCCUGCACCCCUUACCAGUUUCGGUUGUGUGGACCAGGUCGAUGGGAAGGUGCACGCCAGGCCAUCCUGUCACAGUGGGAGCGAGUCACCCAGCCCCUGAAAACACGCUGUGUACCAGAACAGCAGUCACACCACUCCUCUCCUUUACUCAUUUUCUCACUGUCUGUUGCAGCCCUGCUGUCUGCUCUGUAUUACGGCAGGGGCAGUCUGUACACACUCACAGGAGACCUUUCAUCGCUCCUGAAAUGGCUCAGGGCUUAUUUACCAUUGCCAGUGCCCACACAGUAAUCCUGAACAACAAAUAAUUUGAUUGUAAAAUAACAAUUUUUAUGUGUAAUUUUGUAUUCAAUUAUGUUAUAGUUGUAUAAUUAUUGUGUGGUUUGAAUUCACCAUCAUGUAAUUAUGAACACUUGUGUUGUGUUGGAAUUCCAAGUGGACCUAUUGUUGGUCAUUUUAAAACAAAAAAGUGUAUUUGCUUGUCUUUAUCACUACCUGUCUUUUUUUUAAUUAUGUUUUCUUUAGAUUAUAUCUGAUCAGAGCAAUAAUGAUUUAAGUAGUUUCUUCUGAAAUUCAAAACAUUUUGCCUGAAUAAUGACUGAGAAGAACCUCUAAUUAUCUAUUGACAUUCUUUUGGCCUUAAAAUAUCUUAUUUCAUGUUAUACAUAAACAUUUCAAGUUAAGUUUUACAGUGUGGUUUUAGUUGCUUAAAAAUUACUAGAGUUUCUUAUAGUAUUUUUAUUAAUAAAGCAUUUGUAAUUUGCAUGGUGUAAAGUAAAUAACAUAAGAUAGACAUUAAAUGCACUGUUUAUUUUUGCAAGAUUGUUAUGCUUUGUUAAAGUUUCAACAAAAUAAACACAAUCAUGA